AAAAACUGAAGUAGUUCAAAAGUACAAUGACUUUUAACUGUUUUAUCUCUACCUUCUAUACAAAUAGAUUGUUCUGAUGUCACAAGGUCACUGUAAAACGACCAACUUAGGAACCUGAUUGACGUCAUUAAACGUGCAUCUGAUUGGCCAAUUUAAGCGGUGUGGGAAAAGGCUACUGCGUUAUGAGACAGCUAUAAAUACGAUUUCUCUGCGAUUGUUAGUAUUGUGGCCGUUUGGAACAGUUUAGUAUUUAAAUAGAUUAACAAGUAAAAGAAGAAAUAAAAAUUUCAUAGUUUUGAAAAACAUUAGCGUGUAUUUUUACGUUUUCAAAUACCAUAUAAUAUAUAAUCAGACAAGAAUGAAUAUAACAGGACCACUGGAGAAGAUUCCUCGCGAAGAAACGCUGCGUCUUCGAAAAGCUUACAUAGGGGGAUCUUGUGCUUUGUUCUUUAAGUCAGAUCCUUUGAAGAUUGUGAGAGGAGAAGGCCAAUAUAUGUAUGAUGAAAUUGGAAGAAAAUACCUAGACUGUAUUAACAAUGUAGCUCAUGUUGGCCAUUGUCAUCCUCAUGUUGUUAAGGCUGGAGCAGAGCAAAUGGCACUGCUAUACACCAAUAAUCGUUAUCUUCAUGACAAUUUGGUACUCUAUGCUCAGCGCCUUACAAGCUACUUUCCAAACAAGCUGUCCGUCUGUUAUUUUGUCAACUCUGGAUCGGAAGCUAAUGAUCUAGCUCUACGUUUAGCAAGAGCUCAUACCAAGAAAGAAGAUGUCAUUGUCCUAGAUGCGGCUUAUCAUGGUCAUCUAACCUCUACUACUGACUUGAGCCCUUACAAAUUCACGAAGAUAAACGAUGGCAAGAAAAAAGACUGGGUGCAUGUUGCUCCUCUACCAUGUGGUUACAGAGGAAAGUACACAAGCACAGAAUAUUCUCAAGAAGAACUUGGAGAAUUGUAUUCUAAUGAAGUUAAAAAAUUGAUCAAUGAAGCCCAUAACAAUGGAAGAAACAUUGGUGCUUUCAUAGUAGAAUCUAUUAUUAGUUGUGGAGGCCAGCUCCUACUUCCACCAAACUACCUGAGGAACACCUACAAGUAUGUGAGAGAUGGUGGUGGUGUUUGUAUUGCUGAUGAAGUUCAAACAGGUUUUGGUCGAACUGGGAAACACAUGUGGGGUUUUGAACUACAAGGAGAAGGUAAGUUUUAUGGUGGAAAUCCUGUUUCAAUUGCCAUUGCAAAUGCAGUUUUGGAUGUUAUUGAAAAGGAACACUUGAUGGAAAAUGCUUCAAAAGUUGGCACACAUUUGUUGAAAUCCUUAAUGGAAUUGAAGUCCAGGCAUCCUAUAAUUGGAGAUGUCAGGGGGAUUGGGUUCUUCAUUGGAGUGGAGUUGGUUACUUGUCAAUCUACAAAAACACCUGGGACAGAAGAAGCAUGCUACGUCAUCAGAAGGUUCAAAGAAGAAUGGAUACUGAUGAGCACAGAAGGCAAGUAUGGAAAUGUGCUGAAGUUCAAACCACCUAUGGUAUUCAAUAUGGAAAAUGCCAACCAUUUCAUAAAUGUCUUGGACAGAAUUCUGUAUGAAGUGGAAGAUAAGCUAGGAUUGGUUGAUAGCAAUCAACCUCUUGCACUCUCAACUAUGCAUGAAAAUAAAGUUUUGACUUCAGAUAAUGAGGGAGUUGUAUCGGAUAGUGAGGAUUCCUACUCUGGUGGCAGUAUUUCGGGGGAUGAAGUGAUGAUGCCCAUAAAAUCUUGAAACACACUGCUAGUGUGUGAAUUAUGAGUCAACUAAAUUAAAGUGUUGCACAUACAAAAUUCCAAAGAGUGUCAUUCAAGCAAUAUGGGAUAUUUAAAAUACAAUUUUAUGUAUAAAUAUAAAACCAAAAUGAUUCAUUAUCAAUACUUAUUCCCUGCCAAGUAGCAGUUACGUUAAAUUUCUAUGAGCAACUGAAUCUGUUGUGUUGAUGGUGCAUUUUUGAAUUUAUUUUAGAUAUAACAACAAUUGAAAUAUAUUAUCCUAAGUGAUAUUAAACCAUAAGUCCAAUUUCUGAUUAAAGAUAAUUUCUUUUCCAGAAAUGUGAAAUUAAGCAUUUAAAGUUUGAUUUCAUGAUGCAUUCUUUUUCAAGAACACAUUUCUCUUAUUUUCCUCUGUGUGUGUGUGUGUGUGUGUGUGUGUUCAUAUAUUAUUACACCUUGAAAUAUUUAUUAUGAGGAUGAAAUGAUGCAUCCUAAUAACUAAAACCUAGUUAUUUCUAAUCUGAUGGAUAGUUUUUGGCCAUUAAAAUGGUCUAAACUUGUGGUUUAAAAAGUAAAUGUUUUGUUUCUUGGAAAAAUUUUAUAUAUUUAGGAUUAUGGAUUGAAUAUAAUGAACAUUUAAGAUGUUUUGGUGAGUUCAAAAAUUACUUAAGCAUAUAUGUUUAUAACUUGAAUAAAGAAAAAAAUGUUAUGUUU